UAAUAAUAAAUGCCUCGGAGAGCAAUCGCAUCGGGCCGAUCGUGCCUCGAAUGCCGUCGGAGAAAGAUCAAGUGCGAUCGAUCGUUCCCGUGUGCUUAUUGCGUCAAGGUUCGUGUGCAAUGCUCCUAUCCACCGCGGAGAGCGGAGCGGACGCAAUCACGCAGUCCGAGCUCAAGAAGGUCCGAAAGUAGUCUCGAAGCACGCGUCGACAGGAUCGAAGGGGCUUUGGAGGCUUUAGGACGAGAUUUCUCGCAGAUCAGGGAGCUGCUGUUGGCGAAUGUGCAUCGUUCUGACAACUUGUCCAGCGAAAAUGGCGAGGAGAACGAUCAGCCCAAUAUCCCGCCUGAUGAAGAUACCACGCAUCAUAUAAGUCUGGGUCUUUCAGAAGACUUGAAUCAAGAGAACUGCGAGCAUAAUGCAACACAGCCCAAUGACUUUGUAAAUGAAAAAUCGUCUAAGGACAUUGUGCUCCCGAAUUCCGCCGAAGGAGAUACUCAACUGCGCUCCUUAUUCAAAUCAGAUCCAGUACCACGUCUAGAAACUUUGCGUCCCUCCCCAGUGACUGUGUCGUUUCUCUGGCAGAAGUAUUUGGAAAAUGUAGAUCCACUGAUCAAAAUAUUCCAUGCCCCUACUCUCCAGAGGCAGGUGAUGAAUCUGGUUCGAGGGCGCAGGAAUAAUGGCUACCCGGACGAAUGCUUGAUGUUUGCAAUCUACUACUCUGCCAUUUUGACAAUGGAUGCGGUGGGGUGCCAAGAGGAACUUGAGGAAGACAAAGAAGAACUGCUGAAUAGAUACCGAACAGGUGUCGAAAAAGCUCUUUUAAAGGCCGAUUUUGUCAACACGCAGGGCCUGUCUGUUUUGCAGGCGCUUGUCAUAUACCUAAUCUGUGGCGAAGGAGAUAAAUCAAGUACAAACAUGCGAAAGCUAAUGGAUCUUGCCAUCGGAAUGGCUGUAAAAACGGGUCUUCAUCAUGACGGGGAGAGUCAAGGAAUCGCACCGUUCGAAGUCGAAAUGCGACGUCGCCUGUGGUGGCACAUAUGUAUUCUCGACACUCGAGCUGCCGAAAGCAACGGGUCGACUCCGCGCAUUUUGGAGUCACACUUCGAUACCAAGAUGCCUACGAACGUGAGCGACGCGAGUCUCGACCCAGUCAUGAAAAAGGUUCCCCAGCCUCAGACCGGUAAGACGGAACUGCUGUUUAGUCUGAUCAGAUUCGAAGUGAGCUAUUUUGGCCGUCGGAUAGUCUUUUCCGAUCAGUUUUGUCGUGACAAUGGAUACAAAAUAUUGUCGCCGCUCGAAAAGUGCAAACUGAUUGAUGAGUUCCGCGCGGGCAUUGAAAACAAAUAUCUGUCGUGCUGCGACAGUACAGUUCCCCUUGACUUUGUAACGAUCGCCUCCACUCGACUUAUCCUUGUUCGUUUCAAACUAGCCGUCACGAAACCUCGCGCAGGGAUCAGACAAAAAGACAUCGCAAUGCCGGGUAACUUCCGAGGAAUAUGCGUGGACGUUUUGCAGCAUGCGCAGGCACUCCGAGGAUAUGAAAGUGGAAAGCAGUGGUUAUGGUUAUUCAAGACAUACGUCGAAUGGGAAGCGCUUGCUUGUCUCUUGUUGGAUUUGUGCCUGACUCUAUCCGAUACUCCGGACUACUCCGCGUGGGAAAUCGUCGAAGAAGCAUACAGCUAUUGGAAGCAGCAUAACCAGAUGAAUGGGUCUGGGCGAUGGGGAAAAAUCGAGCAGCUUUACAACCAGGGGUUGGCCAUGCGAGACAGCCCAGAAGCCAUAAUGCCAACACCGGUCUCGAAUGAUCAAGAUGCGGGGGUUCUUGAUUUUGAAAGCUCUGAGCACCUCACUCGUAUGUGGGAGAUGGCGACUUCUGCGGCCGUAACUGUGGGAAUCCAUACUCCUGAACCUGUGACGAGUGAUGAGGUGGCGGAAAUGCCGACCUCUGGUACGGCUUGCGAAUGGAGUGUCGGGGUGUUUGGGCAGUAUUUUGAGAUGAUGGAUUCUUCACCCACAUAACUGAGCCCCAAUUUCGAUAUUCCCCCCGGUUUUCCGAAGAAACUAAAUUUAGGACGGAUUCGCUUGUAUAGCACCAACCUUCGCUUUCCC